GUUCAGAGGGACGUCCACCACCUAAAUGCAAUUGCAUUUCAAAUUAACCACGCCUGUGUACAAUCACCAUGAAGGCCGUCAUGGUUUUGGCAGUGUUGACACUUCCUGGCAUGACAGCUACAACAACCCUUCGACAAGCCAGCGGCGACAUGCCCACUGACUCUAGGGUUACUGAUGGAGGGAAUAACAACACUAUGGAGAAAAUGUUAACGUCUACUACGGCGGUAUCAUCAACUGCGUGCAAUGGCUACGUUGGCUAUUGCAAUCAAACACUGGGCCAAGUGCUUUGGAUAGGGGCGCACAAUGCACUCACGGACACGGGGUUUGCAUUGCAGCGCAACCAAUUCGUCAGUGGCCCUGCUUUGUUGGACGCUGGCAUUCGGUACUUGGACAUUGACACAUGCGCCUUCGUGGCGAAUGCGAAGCGAACGGUUCCGAUGAUCUGUCAUGGCUAUGAAUGGUACCUAGCCCAAGUGCACCAACCAACCGUCGCAGGGCUGUUGCCUAUCAAGCAAUGGCUGGACAAGCACCCCCACGAGGUGAUCGUUCUCAACUUUGGCGACAUUGCGGACUUCACCGCAGUGAAUAUCCGAGGCAUCGCCACAUCUACUCUCCAGUUGCGAGAUGAACUGUCUUAUGUGGUGCGCCAAGUGUUUGGAUCGAUGGCCAUCUGGCGAGACGAGCCUUGGGACGCCGCCGUCAACUCCAACAAGGCCACGCUAGGCGAUUUGAUAGCCGCGAAUCGCCGUGUGGUGGUCAAUGUAGGCAUCAGCCGCAGCGACAGCCCCAACGCCUGGGGGCAGAGCGAUCGUGUGUGUCGUGAAGCGUGGUAUCCCGUUGCCCUUGAAUGGAACGACGACCACACCGACUACAAUUGGGCUCCCGUCGUGCAACUUGUGGACGACACCAUGCGCAGCCCAUGUGCCACCAACCCACAGCUCCUCAACAAGUUAGAAUUCCAGUUCCACAACGCGUUGGGCGGAUCCAUCGACGCGGCUUCGGUCGGCGUCGCUCUGAAUGUGUACAUGGAGUCCCUGGUGCGGCGAAACGGCCCAAUCGACAAGGCGCCAUACUUCCCUUUCAACUUGAUCCUCACCGACCAUGCUGACAAGUGGAAGUCGUAUUACCCCAAUUGGCAUCGUCGUCACUUGAAAUAUCUUGAACGCUAGCUUGGGUUGAUUAUUCAC